CGCGCCCCUUCCUUCCUUCCUCUUCACGGACCCAGUCAAGUGAGACUCGGCCGUCGCAUUCUUUACUUUGGAGGAGGAGGAUAGAACCACAGGGCCCACUACAGUCACUCGUUUGUAUUGUCGGACAGGAGGAGGAAAGUAAUAAUUGGGAACCUAUACCAUGCGGUCAUAUUCCGCCCUCGUCGGCGGCCUGCUUCUUGGCAGCGCCGCCGCCACCCCUGCCGAUCUCCCCGCCGAGCUCCGGAGGCGCGCCUGUGCCGACGACGACCUCUACCGCUGCUUCACCAACUCGCCGAGCCUGGCAACCGAGUACUGCCUCAGGACGAUGACGCUGCCGGGCGCAACGGGGACAGCAACCGUCACGCGUACAGUGUUAGAGCUCACCACCCCCGCGUGGCUCACCCCGAGACUAACCGGUGGUGGCGUCUGCUGUCUAGAACGUCGACCCUCACGACUUACUCGUCCACGUCGGAAAUCCCGCCCGAUGCUCUCACGGCGGCGGAACCUCCGGCUUCUACACUGGGCUGCCUGGCCGGAGAUGUGCCCGCCACCUUCCCGGCCUCGAGGUGGACGUCGGCCUGCUCGUGCAUUGGCAUCACUACCAACACGUACUCGACCACCAUCACCAUCAUCCCCGUGACCGUGGUCGAGACCAGGACGUCAUAUGUGACAACCGUAUGCACCCCGACAGCCCUCACCACCACGCCCACAUCCAUCUCCAACUC